AUGGUAAACGAUAUAAAACCAAAAGAUCCAGAUAAAAAUAUGUUAGUCAAGUUCGCAGAUGACAUGACAGUCAGCGCACCGGUUACCACUUCUUGGGACACCGCUUCCAACGAAGUUAAAAAUAUUAGAGAUUGGACAUAUGAAAACAGAAUGACUAUGUCUAAGACAUGGGAAAUGGUCAUAAGUAAGAGAUCAUUAAAUCAGUUACCACCCCCAAUUAAUGGGAUUGAACGAAAGGAAUGGCUCACACUCCUUGGUGUAAGCUUUCAAGACGAUCCUUGUUGUUGGGAUAUCCAUGUAGACGGUUUAUUGUCUAAAGCUAGUGGACGAAUGCAUAUCUUAAGAGUAUGCAAACUAUAUGGUUACCCCCGUGAUCAAUUGACCAAAUUAUUUGAAACUUUGAUCCUUUCCUUGUUUACUUACGCAAUCGAAGUAUGGGGCUCAGCAUUACUGAAGAAAUACUUAAAACGGAUAGAUCAAUUUUUCAAACGAGCUAAUCGAUAUGGAUAUACGGACAAAGAAUAUAAUAUGUCUUCACUAAUUGAAGAGAGAGAUAAAACUUUAUUUGGAAAAAUAAUUAAAGAUACUGAACAUAGUCAUUAUGACCUCUUGCCUGAUAAGAAACAAAGAACAUUAAGGGCACAGAUUCACGAUUACACCCUCCCCCAAGUUAAAAGAGAAAGCUCCUUUGGUCAGCGACGUCCUCCGCUGACUGAAUUGAUCGCGAGUAUUUUGGUAAGAUAUCCAGAUGGUGGGCAGAUUUUGAAGGAAUUGAUUCAAAACGCUGAUGAUGCAGGAGCAACAGAAGUCAAGUUCCUGUACGAUGAUAAAACCCAUGGCACACAAUCGCUUCUCACGCCAGAGUUAGGCAAGUUCCAAGGCCCUGCGCUUUACUGCUACAACGAUGCCGUAUUUUCUGAUCACGACUUCAAAAAUAUCAACAAAUUAGCUGGUGCAACUAAAGUGGAGGAAUUGGAAAAGAUCGGUCGCUUCGGACUUGGUUUUAACGCAGUUUAUCAUCUAACUGAUGUUCCAAGCUUUGUUAGCCGUGAAUAUUUUGUGCUGUUUGAUCCCAAUAUCAACCACAUUGAGAACCAUAUCCCAGACAAAUCACGUCCAGGUAUUCGUAUCGAUCUUUCCUCUAACCCACGUCCCCUCUCGGUCUUUGAAGAUCAGUUUCAACCGUAUCAUGGAAUGUUUGGGUGUAGUACACAAAUUGCAGAUGGAACCAAGUUUAACUUUAGUGGAACAUUAUUUCGAUUUCCCUUCCGUACAUCUCACGAUUCGAAGAAGAGUGAUAUUUGCCAGAGUGUCUACGACGAGGUGAAGGUGAGAGAAAUUAUCAGCAGUCUUAAAGAAUGUUCAUCACUUCUGUUACUUUUCACUCAACAUGUUACAAAGGUAGAGUUAUACGAAAUUGAGAAUUGUUCCGAUCCAAGUGAUAUGAGGUUGCUGUUAUCUGUUUCGAAACAAGGGUCAAAGAUCAAAAGAAGCAGUGAUUCCAACUUAUCCAAACGUCCGUUCAUUGAAGAAUGCUCAAACUGGUGGCGACAUGAGUUGGUAGGCUCGUCCUUCAUCCAACAGAUCACUCCCUCCAGAUGUGAAGUUUUUAAGGUCGUUACAAAAGAGAUGCCAUCAAACCUUAUGCAAAGUCAGUCGAAAUCAGAUACUCGAGAAACCUGGCUUGUGGCAUCUUGUGGUGGAACAGAUACCUCAGUUUCGUUAGCCUCUGGAGAAGGUCGUUCUCGUGGUCUUUUACCUUGCGGUGGAGCAGCAGCGCGAUUAAAUUCUGUUCCGAGCGAUGAAUCAAAAACAAAGUUAAAUAUCGACGCAAUCAAUGGAGAAGCAUUCUGCUUUCUACCAUUGUCCAUCCCAACAGGAUUACCAAUCCAUGUUAACGGAUACUUUGCAGUCACGUCUAAUCGACGUGGGAUUUGGGAACGAACAACCUCAAGCCAACAUCAGGUUUUCGAAGUUCGAUGGAAUGAAGCUCUUCUCAGUGAUGCUUUAUGUACUGCCUACCUGCAGUUGUUAAACGACGUGAAAGGCCUUCCAACACAUGAUUGUUCCUCGUAUACGUUAUGGCCCGUACAUGACAAACUUCCUUCUUCCACUUGGGGGAAGUUAGUUGAAAGUGUGUAUGAGAAGAUCGUAUCAAAUUCCCUGCCGCUUUUUUACAGUGAUGGUAAAUGGCUAUCGAUAAAAGAAGGGUACAUAUUAGAUGAUGAGCUGCGCCAAGUCCCAAAAGUUUGCAAUACGUUGAAAACGCUGAAAAAGGACGUAUUUGAUAUCCCUCUUAAUGUCCUCUCCUCAAUGAAUAAAGCAGGACAAAAGAAAGCUGUACUAAAGAGCACGUUGAACUUAAAAACGUUUCUUGAGAAAUUGUUUUUGCCAAAUAUUCGCACUAUUUCCAGUAACAUACGAGACCCGAUCAUUUGCUUCAUUUUGGAUCGCAUUUUGCGUGGUAGAAGUGAGUUUGAAACACUUUUGAAUUCUUACCAAUGCAUAACUUGCUCAGAAGAUGGUGAACACCUAGCUAAACCGUCCAGUCUUAUCAACCCAAAAGGACCCGCAGCGUGUCUCUUUUCCUCAGAAGAUCAUCGCUUUCCUUUCGGGGACUGCUUUCUGGAAGGUAACCGUAUGUAUGCAUUAGAAUUGCUCGGAAUGGUUAACGAGCAAAUUUCCUGGUCCGAAAUAUGUGAUCGAGCGAGAUCUGUUUCCGCCAUCAGCCGAGACAAAGGUUUAGAACGAACAAAGAAUUUAAUCAAGUAUCUCAAGGAAAAUAUUGAAAAACUUCCAAAGCCUGAUUCCAGCAGCUUAUCAGAUCUUAGACGUACAGAGUUCUUGCCUUUCAUCUCAAAAUGUCCUAAAGGCUAUGAACUACCGUGGCAUGGAUCAACACUUAACAAACAACAAUUAUUUGCACCCAACGACGUGUUUCUUUCAAGUGAGAAGCAUUUGGUCGGCUCCAGCUGUGUAAUUGUGGACGACUCGGACGAAACUGGUUGUGCGAAACUUGGCCGUCAGGUUAAGGAAUUGUUAGGGUUUGUUAACCGUUUUCCCAAGGUGCAAGAUGUUCUUGGACAACUUGACGCAGCAAUCAGCGUGAAUGAUGUCACUUCUGGAAAACGGAAAUCACUCGAGUCAGUUUGUAUGAGAGUUUACAAGUUCCUUGACCAUUUUCUUACCCGAGUGUACCCUGAUGAUACGUCAGAAGGCAAACUGCUGUUAAAGGAGUUAAGCUCGAGAUCUUGGUUGUUCAUUAAUGGUCAUUUUGUGCCAACUCGAAAAGCUGCUUACAAAUGGGUUGGCAGCGGCGCACCAUAUCUAUAUAGCGUCCCCUUUGAUUAUCGUGAAAACUACAGCAAACUGUUAAGCUUGGCUGGCGUCAGAGAAACAUUUUCACACGUGGAUUUUAUCGACGCAUUAAAGUCACUUCAAGAGACAAAAGCCGGUCUCGCAUUGAGUAAAAACGAAAUCAAACUCGCUGUGUGUUUUGCAACCGCAUUAAAGGAUGCCCAUCACGAAAUCGAGUCGUCCCAAAUCGGUAAAAUUCCUUUACCAGACAGCAACAAUGUGCUCUGCAUGAGCGGCGAGCUAACAAUAAAUCUCACAUUCUGGCUGAAAGAUCGAGGUGACGCCCGUUAUGUACAUCAGGAUGUUCCUUCUCAACUAGCUCUUGACUUGGGAGCACAAUCACUUCAGAACCGCAGACUGAAGAAAUAUUCCAGCACUAUAGCAACUCCAUUUGGCCAACACGAGAAACUCACAGACAGGCUGAAGAACAUUCUAAAAUCAUAUCCGUGUGAUUCAGGAAUCUUAAAAGAGCUCGUACAAAACGCCGAUGAUGCUGGAGCAAGCGAAAUUCACUUCAUUUAUGAUACAAGAGAGCUUCCUCACGAGAAGGUUCUACAGAAUCAUGCUGAAGAGGUUCAGGGACCUGCCCUUUGUGUAUACAAUGAUAAGCCUUUCACUGAAGAGGAUCUUGAAGGAAUACAAAAACUUGGCAUUGGUAGCAAAACUGACGAUCCGGAGAAGACGGGGCAAUAUGGAAUUGGUUUCAACGCGGUUUAUCAUUUAACAGAUUGCCCGAGUUUUUUGUCAGACGAAGAUACAUUAUGUUUCCUCGACCCACACUGCCGAUAUGCGCCCGAAGCGACACCUGAUUCUCCUGGUGAAAAGUUUCAGCAAAUUGAUGACGAAUUUAGAGAGGAUUUUAAAGAUGUCCUCGUUGGAUACCUUGGUGAAUAUUUUAACCUAAAAAAAGCAACAAUGUUUCGUCUUCCACUACGAACGUUCGAAACAUCCCGAAAUUCGCUCAUAUCUCAAAAUAUUGUUGCAAACUACAAAUUCCGGGAGCUUCUACAAAAAUUCGAAACCGAAUCAAAGAAGAUGCUGUUGUUUUUGAAUCACGUCAAAAAGAUUUCGAUAUCUGAAGUUAAUAAAGAUGGCCAACUCAAACAGUUAUACAGCGUAAUUUCUAAAUUAGAAGUAGAAAAUGAGGAAAAGCGCCGCAAGUUGUCCGAUAUUAUUAAAAGAAGCAAACACCUUCCGACAGGUGAUGUUGAGUGGUGUGGAAUAACUUACCCGCUGACCACAUCGGAUUCGAAUAACGUCAAUGAGACCUGGAUCGUUCACCAGUGUUGUGGAACUUCGCACAAAACGACAAGAGACUCUAUACCAGACGGACGUCAGUACGGUCUCUUUCCACGCGGUGGAAUCGCCGCACUCGUUACCCCACAACGUUCAGCAUCAGAACCCAAACCACAAUAUGUUGCCUAUUGCUUCCUGCCACUCCCGGUGGAAACACGUUUGCCAGUCCAUGUCAACGGACAUUUUGCUCUUGACUCCUCUCGAAGAGACCUCUGGCAUGACACCGACCAAAACAGCCCGCUCACCAAGUGGAACAAUUUUAUAAAGGCAAGCGUUCUUGCUCCCGGGUACGCAACCUUAAUUUUGGAGGCAAGACGGUAUAUACCUUUCUCUCAAGGAAUGGCGGAACAUAAUUGUAGGGGCUUGUUUAGCAACAACUUAGAUGCCAAACAAGGACUUUUUUGGUACCACAAACUUUUUCCUACUCCCUCAAAAGAUUCUCCCUGGUAUAUUUUGGCGCAUGAAGUUUAUCAUUACAUGGGUAGCAAUAAUCUUGAGGUCUUGCCUGUUGUUGUUGCCGACGAUAAGCCUGUAGAGAAGACACAUCCCCAACCGAAUCCCCAAAACGAAUCGUCAAAUGAUGUCAUCCAUAGGGUUCGUUUCUGGCUAUCAGCACGGGAUGCGUAUUUCAUCGAAGGCAAAGGUCAGUUGAAGCUGGAUGAAGAUCGACUAUUCAAGCUUCUGCUUCGAGUGAAUCUUCCUCUGCUGCUGUAUUCUCCCACGAUGUUAUACUACCGUUUUUCGUCUGCGGAAGUAACCUGUAAUACCUUGACACCAUUAACGGUAAUCAAUUUCAUGAGAAGUUUUUCCGAUGCAAACUCGAAUUGCCAUGUUGGAAACCUUCCUAUAAACCUAAUGAAGUCAAAUAUCAGAGAAAUUGCCGCGCUGAAAGUGCUCAUUCAGUACUGCCAAAGGGAGGAAAAGUUCCCGGAUUUCUUGGAAGGACUUCCAAUUUUACUUACUGCCGAUGGGCAGUUGAGAGUCUUUGACAGUGGUAAACCUGUUUAUCGUUCUACUUUCAGCGAUCUCUUUCCAGAAGAUGAAAAUCUAUUUGUCCAUCCCGAUCUUGUGUACAGUGUACCUGAUGUCGACAAACUUCCGGAAAAUCGGGUAAUGCAGUUGCUUACAGUGAACGCGUUAAAUCAACACUUCCCUCGCGUGUUUCCUGUGCAUAUGAGAGGAACAUCUGAACACGUUGCCUGGGACUUCCCGCAGAAUGGUCCAUUAUCAAGAAAGUGGUUCCAGCGUGUUUGGGACUUCUUGCAAAACCAUAUCAAUCCUAAGUUAAACAACAAUGAGAUGCCUUUAUCUGUUCUAGGAGUCUGGCCAAUCAUCCCCACCACCAGUGAUAAAUUGGUUACGAUCGAUAACGGAAAGACAGUGCUCGACGCAACACGCCGUAGUACAGAUUCAGCGCAAGGAAAGCGUAUACGGGACAUAUUGGAAAAACUUGAUUGCCCAAGAUUAAACACGGAUAUCACUGUAAAGAAACCGAAAGUUCAGACUUCGGUAACUUCAGCAUCCCAAGUUGGAAGAUUUCUUCCACAAUUUGGUACCGUCCUUGAAGUCCCUCCUGCUGAUGACAAUUCUCAUGUCACCGAUUCUCACGUAGCGCAACCUCACAACGUCCCAGAUGUUCUUCAAGUACUUGAUUUUGUGCGGAGAACUGGCUGUCUAGACACCUCAGGCUUGAGCACCGAGGAAUUAAGCGCAGUGUUAAGUUUUGUGCAAGAUGAUAUUGACAAUCUGACAACAGAACACGCCACUAUUCUCAAGCACUUACCGAUCUACAUAGGUAUAGAUGGUACAUAUUUCAGCUUAACGGACUAUUUACAUUCUGCCGUGAUUCCGCAUGGUGUUCCAACGUCGGAAAUGGCAAAACUUCAGACUCGCACCGGAUGUUUGUUCCUCAAUACAACUUCAGCAGCAAUCCUUCAUCAGCUUUUCAAAUGGCUUGGUGUUGGAGUAGAACUCAGCUUUCCAGAGUUUUAUCGCAAAUAUAUAAUUCCGUGUUUUGAAAUUUUUAAUCGAGACAGCCAGAUCUUAUACCUUACCCACAUAAAAGAAGACGUUCUCCCUUUACUCCAAACCGGCAGCUCUAAGCAGAAAGCGUUCGUAGACUUCUUAACAGGAAGUUUGUGCAUACCUGAUGAGGAAGGUGACCUUCAUUAUGCCCGGGAAUUCCAUGACCCACGUAACGAAGUAUUCCAAAUUAUGCUUGAGGACAACUCUGAUCAUUUUCCACCAGCUGCAUUCCGAAGUCAUGGGUGGCUGGAAUUUUUGACUGAAAUUGGUAUGAAAACAAAAGUAGAAGAAAAUCAGUUUUUAGAAUUUUGUCAAGAAGUUGCAUUGUAUCUUGAUCCAACAACUGAUAUCGAGAAGUCAAAGAUACUCGUUAAUUAUCUCUUCAACAGCGAACAUCUCCGAAGUGAGGAAUUCCUGUGUUCCCUGUCAAGUAUUAGUUUUAUCGCACCCGAAAAAGUAGAAUCAAGUCUUCUGUCAUUACACAGACAGUUUCAAUGCAAUACUAUUGAUGAUGAACCACCGUUUGUCCAAUUUUUUGAAGCCGUUCCUUGGAAAUAUCAUGUUUUAACGUGGACUAGCGCUGCACUCCUUCCACCUUGGGCACAGCCUGAUGAGAAAUUGCAACGUUACUUGGGAGUCCAAGAAGUACCAUCUGUUGAGAGUAUUGUAAGCCACCUGCAAAAUCUUUCAAGUUCUCUUGCAGAGAUAUGCAGAAGAGAUGAAGUGUUGCCACAGUCAAAUUUGUUAAAGAAGAUUAUGAUAUCAAUUUAUGAAGGUUUAAGCAAAGAGUUAAACUGCAGUGACGCCAAAGACAUUUCAGAUGGUUGCAGUCAAGAUUGCAAGAGCAUUGGUAAACGUCUAAGUGGCAUUCCAUGUGUCCUAGUAGAAGAAGGAAUGGUCAUGGUCCCUGGUGAUAGAUUGUCCUUUGAGACUAGGCAAUUUGAUUCAACAUUUAUCCCAUUUUUGUACACUGUUCCUCGGAGGUAUUGCACUUACGAGCACUUGAUGAAGCGACUUGGCGCGACGGAGAAGUUCACCUCCUUGCAAUUUGCCACGGUAUUGAAAACUAUUAGAGAUAAAUGUCAAAAUACAAAAAUGAAUCCCAAUCUUUUUGAAAAGGCUAGAGCGGCAAUGACAGUCCUCUUCCAAUGCUUACUGGUUGAGAGUCAUGGUGGCAACAAAACGAAGAUAUGUGACCUAACAGAACUCUUUCUACCAAGCGAAAAGGAAAUUCUUGUCAAAUCCAGUGAGUUAAUCCUCAAAAUUGCUCCUAGAUAUAAAUCAGCUUUAGCCAAUCGUGCAAAUCUGAACGUUUUGCUUCCUUUGGAAAAGUGUGAUCUACCUAGGGAAAAAGAGAAUGAAUAUUUGAAUGCACUACCUCAACGUUUACGACCUAAGUUAAUGGAAAGUUUGUUCAAUGAAGUAUUGGAUCCAAAUUGCCUUAACAAAAGAUGUUCCUUAUGUAAAGAAGAUGGUCUUUGUGACUUUAUUAAAAGUUACAUACUGGUCAUAAGAUCGCCGGAAUUCCAUUCAGCAAUUAUCCGCUUAUUGAAACACAAAAAAAAUUCCACCGAGCUUACCGAAGAUGAGGAAAGUCAAUUAUCUGUAUUUAGCACAAAUAAGUUAGAAAUUAUUUGUAUGCAUAGUAUCAAGGUGCACCUUAUCGAAACAAAAACAAAAGAACCACUCGUGAACAGUGCUAUAGGACGACAGUGCUACGUUGUUGAAGAAAACAAGUCGUGGAAGCUUUAUAUCAAGCAUAAAGCUGAAGAAGCUGUAGCGAUUCACUUGGCAUACUGCAUUGAUAGAAUCGCAUACCGAGCAUUCGAUGAAAGCUCUCUGAGAUAUAUUUCCGGCAUGUUAUUGUGUAAAUCACCAUCUCAGAUCCCCGGGAUCUUAGAUCAAUUUAACAUAGCAGAGGAUUAUUCUGAAGAAGAGCUUAAGAUUGGUGUGGAGGUACCUAUGGUGUAUCAUUAUCUUCUUCAACAGAAUCCGUUGUUUAUUUUCCAUGCAGGAGAGAUUGUUGCUUAUGGCAUAGAGGUAGGGUCAAAUGAAAUGGCAGAAGGAAUAGAAGACGACGGAUUCAUGGACAUGAAAUAUGUUUUAGCUAAAGUGAUCUCACGCGUUGAUGAAGAGGACGACCCGUGCGAUUUCACUGCUGAGUAUUUGAUAGACUUGGGGAAUGAACAUAAGAAAGUCAGUGUUGUUGACUUGUACAAGUUUGUCCAAGACGAUGCCGGAGAAAACCAGACCUAUGAUCUAGUCCCUUUCACAGGCGAUCCAACCUGCUUGCCAAGCAGUCUUGAUGAGGCGAAAAAAGAAAUUCGAGAAGCCAUCCUUAAAGCAUGGCGUUUGCCAGCUAUGCUCCGCCGAAAAGUCAUACGACGUCUGUAUCUACGAUGGCAUCCCGACAAGAAUCCCGAUAAUUUUCAAUUUGCAGGAGAAAUGUUCAGAUUCCUGCUAAGUGAAAUCAAACGAAUGGAGGCUGAAGAAUCUGGAGUUGAUCAUAGUUGUGGAUUUUCCACGUUAUUCACUGGUUGGAGUCGCCGAGCUAGACGGGAAAGAGAGACGUAUGUAAAUUUUCGAGGAAGUUUUGGUGGCUCAUGCCCACGUGGUGGCUCAUCUCCACGCUCAGUGUCUGACUACACUUAUCCUGAUGUAUUCGAGUCAAGGCGUUGGUUGAGACAAGCCCGUCGUGAUCUGGAGGCUGCCCAGCUUUUGCUUUCCUCAUCCCAAUCAUUUGAUGCUUUAGUGUGUUUCCUAAGCCACCAGGUAGUAGAGAAGAGUUUGAAAGGAGCAUUGUACGCCAAAUGUGGUUUAACCAACGAUCAGCUACACACACACGACGUAUACUUCUUGGCGAAUUACGUAUGUCAACUGAGAGAUUCACCUGCUGAAAUCACCGAUUUGGCCAUUGUCGUUGGUAAUUAUUAUCUGACCACUCGCUACCCAAACCAGCAACCAGGAGCUAUUGUUCCAGCGGACGCCUUCAGUACAGACCAGUCAGAAAGAGCUUUUGAAAGUGCUCAGGGGCUUCUUGAAGCAGUGGAAACUUUUGUUUCUGAAUAGUUUUUGAACGUUAAGUAAGAAAGUAACAUUUUAGUUCUCAACGAUCGACUUUUUAUGCGAUCUUUUUAUGAUUAUAACUGGAUUAAUACAGGGUGUAUAAAAAAUCUGCAAACACCACUUUGCAUUAGAUACUCCGAAAUACUUGUAGUAAAUUCUUCCCAAACAGCAUUCUAAUGCCAGUACAACUAGCUAAUAAUAAUACUUCCAGGUUUUAAACAUUCGACAUAAUCGUCCUGGUCAUUAGAAUAACCACACAACAAAGUGCAAUUUAAGCCUUGUUUUUAUCACUCGCAGACAGUCGCUCUGUGACCAAUUGUCGGUGCCCGGUGUAGUAAAAUUUUUUUGACAGGCAUGCAUGUUAUGCAUUCAUGACCACAGACAAGAAAGGUCGCCGAGCAAUAAGAAUCAGUCUUUUAGUUUAGGGGCUAAGA